UCACCUUAACCUCGUACAGUUGCACCACACAACCUUAUAUUAUAAUAAGCUCUUUGUAUAUAGGGAUAUAAAUUAGACCUUGGAGGGUUGGACUUCAAGCUCUAAUCUAUUUGAGAAACAUUCAUGCUUUUGAGCUUCCGACACUUUGCACUCCGUCUCGCGUAUCAUCGGCUCACUUCCCAUGUCUCUUCAUCAUCGCAUGAAGUAUCAUUUACUCUGCUCUUUGUUUUAAAAUAAAGUUCAGUUGGUAUCUUAUUUGUCAGAGGCUGGUGCGGAGUUAUCACUUUUCGAAAAUAACUUACAAAAUCGCAUCACAAUAUACAAUCUCUCAUGUGCAUAACUGUAAAUUGUCACAGGAAUGACGAUGAAGAGGAACAAAAGCAAUUUUUUUUUCGAUAUUUAUAACCGACCUUACGAUUAUAAUGGCAGAUUUAAGAUCUACAACAGCUGUAAAUCAAGUCUACAGCUUGUGCAACGCAUGUCUUUUUUGAAACAAUCACAAGUACAUCAUGGUUGUGUAAAUUCUAUUUGUUGGAAUAAUGGUGGAGAUAUAAUUUUAUCAGGCAGUGAUGAUCAGCACUUAAUUCUCGCCAAUCCCUACAAUUAUCAAGUUCUUGCAGAUUUUAGAACCAGCCAUAGAGCAAAUAUUUUCAGUGCAAAAUUUCUACCCAACUGUGGAGAUCAUCGAAUAGUUUCUUGCAGUGGCGAUGGAAUUAUAUUAUUCACUGACUUAUACAAAAAAGCAGAAACAUUCAAUUGUCAAUUCACAUGUCACAGUGGGACAACAUAUGAAAUAGCUGUGGUUCCUAAUGAACCCCAUAAUUUUUUAAGUUGUGGAGAAGAUGGGACUGUCAGAUGGUUUGAUCUACGAAUUAAAGAAAAAUGUAGUCUUGCUAGAUGUGAAGAGGAUAUCUUAAUUUCAUGCAAUAGAGCAGUUACAGCAAUAUCAGUUAAUCCAAUUAUGUCUCAUCAAGUAGCAAUUGGACGUGCAGACAGUUUAGUACAAAUAUAUGACAGGCGAAUGCUUGGAACACCAACUAUUGGUUUAAAGGAUAGCAAAGCUAAAAUUGAACCAUUACAUUCUUUUACUGUGCCUGAAUUUGAAGGAAAUCCCUACAGAAUUACAUCAUUAAGUUUCAGUCCUGAUGGUCAUGAUGUUCUUGUUAGCUACAGCAGUGAUCACCUAUAUCUAUUUAGUAUGAAAGAUCGGGGUAGAAAUCAGUCAAAGAUAGGAUCGACUACAUUUUCUCCAAAUGCCAAGAAAAGUUCUGCUCAACCUUCACAACCUGUACGUCGAUUGAGAUUACGAGGUGAUUGGUCAGAUACUGGCCCAGAUGCUCGACCAGAAAGAGAUGGUGGACGUCACACUGGAGCAGAAAUAGCUCAAGCAAGACCAGUUCUACAUACAUCUUUAAUGCAAAGAAUGACAGAUGUAUUAAGUAGAAUGUUGAAUGAUCCAGCUACAAGAGCUGCGCUCAGUGGUGGAGGUGAAGAUAGCUUUGAAGGUGUUAUUAGUCAACAAGAACAAGCUAUCCAACAAGAAGAAAGUGCUUCUGGUAGAAAUGAAGCAACAAAUGAUCAUCAGGAUGAUAAUGAAUCACUUGAUGCUAUUAAUCUUCACAACAACGAAGAAACAAAUUCUAGGUUCAAUCAACAUGUAGAACAAAAUUUGGAAUCAUCUAAUGAUUCUACCUCUGAGACAGCUUCUCCAAGACUAUUUUUAGAUACAGAUAAUGAUGAACUUGAACAACCUUCCACAUUAGAUUCAAGCAAUGUAGAAAGUAAAUUAAAUUCUGGUGUCUCUUCUUUAAACAUAGAUGCCACUGACAAAAAUGUAAUUGUUACAAAUGUUUCUCAAGAUAAUAGCAAUAAUACAUUAGAAAAUGUACAAGAUAGACUGACUACUUUACAAGAUGGAUUUGUUGAACAACAUAAUGAAACAUCUCCUGUUACAUUAGCGUAUCCAGAUGAUAAUUCAACCAAUCCAAAUAUUUCAUUAGGUUUAGAAAACGAAGCAGCAGGAAGUGACCCUCGUAUUGGUAACCAAAAGCCUGAUUAUUCUACACACGAUUUUUCCAAUCCUGGUCCAAGUAAUUCACAUAAAUUUACACAACCUGACCUAGCACCGGAUGAAAAUGCAUGUAUGGAUAGCGAUGACGAAGACUCAAGUCAUGCAACGAGGAGAUCUGGAUAUUAUGAUGAUUCGAGUUUAGAUCACGAUGUACCCAAUGAUUCAAACGGAAAAUCUCACCUUAGGUUUAGCGCAGAUCAUACUACAGAUUAUUAUGUGGACCAAAAGUUUGUAGGACACCGAAACGCAAGUUUCUUUAGGACCAUGAUCAAGGAGGCCAAUUUUUGGGGCGACAACUUUAUCAUCUCUGGCAGCGACUGUGGCCACGUCUUUUUUUGGGAUCGGGAAACGGCUAAACUUGUCAUGCUGCUCGAAGCGGACCAGCACGUUGUCAAUUGCGUUCAACCCCAUCCUUUUCUUCCUCUAUUGGCGACUUCCGGUAUAGAUUAUGACGUCAAGCUUUGGGCACCGACUAACGAAGAACCCAGCUUCGAUGGGAAAUUCGCCGAAGAUUUAAUGAAAAGAAAUGCUGUGAUGCUCGAAGAAACAAAAGAUACUAUUACUGUUCCUGCAGUUUUUAUGAUUCGAAUGCUGGCGUGCCUCAAUCAAAUAAGAAGAGGACGAGGACGAAAUCGCGUAAGAAGUGGAGAUACCGAAUAAAAUUUUAUCUUUCUAGUUUUGUUAAUUACUCACAAAAUUAUUUAUCGUUGUUUCAAUAUUCUUCAAUAUUUAUGAAUAACGAUUGCAUUAAACGAGUGAUACUAGAUAGGUUUAUUUGGAGUGAUGUAAACAUUUAACCAAAGGGAAGUCUGUUUUUCAUACAAAUGAAACGUGUGUAAAGCUUUAUUUAAAAUAUUUCUAUACUUAUAAAUUGUGAGAAUAUUUAAUUUUCUAUUUUUACAAAAUAGAACA